GCAUGUCAUGUAAGCCACGGGCCCGGUUGAAACCACAUUCGCACCAAGGCAUGGGGCCGCGACGCACGCACUGAUUCAAAAAGUUAUGGCCUGGAUACUAGACUUUUGAGUUCGAAACGAAGUGUUUGACAAUGUUUGUGAUGUGUGUGUGUAGCUGACGUGUGUAAAACAUCCACAAAACUCUUCCCUACUGUCCGGCACUGCCAAGAUGGUGGUAGUCCCCUAGAGAGCGAUCGGAACUUGUUUUGUUAGAGUGAACAAGAUGGACGCCAAGAACGAGACGCAGGAUAUCGAGCUCAGCGCGCAGGGGACGAGCAACAAACCCAGUGAUGUCGCUACAAAAUCCGAUCUCCCCGAGAGAGGCUCCUGGGCCUCCAAACUGGACUUCAUCCUCUCCGUGGUCGGUCUUGCCAUCGGUCUCGGCAACGUCUGGCGGUUCCCCUACCUCUGCUACAAGAAUGGCGGUGGUGCCUUCCUCAUCCCCUACUUCUUAACGCUGUUCCUCGCUGGAAUACCCAUGUUCUUCAUGGAGCUGGCUAUGGGACAGAUGCUGACCAUUGGAGGGUUGGGCGUGUUCAAGAUUGCUCCGAUUUUCAAAGGCAUCGGCUACGCGGCGGCAGUCAUGUCCUGUUGGAUGAACGUGUACUAUAUCGUCAUCCUCGCGUGGGCCAUCUUCUAUUUCUUCAUGUCUAUGCGAUCAGAGGUCCCAUGGAGGAACUGCGACAACUACUGGAACACGGCCGCCUGCGUCAACCCCUACGACCGCAAGAACCUGAACUGCUGGUCGUCCUUCAACAAGACCACUUACUGUGUGCUCAACGGGCAUAACGUUACCAAAGUCGCGCUUUCUGACCCCGUCAAGGAGUUCUGGGAACGUCGAGCCCUCCAAAUCUCCAGCGGUAUUGAGCACAUCGGCAACAUCCGCUGGGAGCUGGCCGGCACCUUACUGCUGGUGUGGGUGUUAUGCUACUUCUGCAUCUGGAAGGGUGUGCGGUGGACUGGCAAAGUUGUGUACUUCACUGCUCUGUUUCCGUACUUCCUUCUUACCGUGCUGCUUAUCAGAGGUAUAACCCUCCCCGGCGCGAUGGAAGGAAUCAAGUUCUACGUGAUGCCGAACAUGUCCAAGCUAUUCGAGUCGGAAGUGUGGAUCGACGCCGUUACACAAAUCUUCUUCUCGUACGGACUUGGCCUUGGCACGCUCGUGGCCCUCGGCAGUUAUAACAAGUUCACUAACAACGUGUACAAAGACGCGUUGAUAGUGUGUACAGUCAACUCCAGUACGUCCAUGUUUGCCGGGUUCGUCAUUUUCUCCGUCGUUGGAUUCAUGGCUCACGAGCAACAGAGGCCGGUGGCUGAAGUAGCUGCAUCAGGUCCCGGUUUAGCUUUCCUCGCCUACCCCUCAGCAGUUCUCCAGCUCCCGGGCGCUCCUCUCUGGUCCUGCCUCUUCUUCUUCAUGCUGCUCCUCAUCGGCCUGGACAGCCAGUUCUGCACCAUGGAAGGCUUCAUCACAGCUGUCAUUGAUGAGUGGCCGAAACUGCUCAGACGGAGGAAGGAGAUAUUCAUCGCGAUUACUUGUGUCAUCUCGUAUUUGGUUGGGCUAUCUUGUAUAUCUGAGGGCGGUAUGUACGUCUUCCAAAUCCUGGACUCGUACGCCGUCUCCGGCUUCUGUCUGCUCUUCCUCAUCUUCUUCGAGUGCGUCUCCAUCUCCUGGGCGUUCGGCGUCAACCGGUUCUACGACGGCAUCAAGGAGAUGAUCGGGUACUACCCCACCAUCUGGUGGAAGUUUUGCUGGGUCGGAUUCACGCCUGCUAUUUGUAUUAGCGUGUUCAUCUUCAACUUGGUGCAAUGGACCCCGAUCAAGUACAUGAACUACGAAUACCCGUGGUGGGCGCACGCGUUCGGCUGGUUCACGGCCUUGUCCUCCAUGCUGUGCAUCCCAGGGUACAUGGUCUAUCUGUGGCGAGUCACGCCGGGUACUACGAGCGAGAAAUUCCACAAGAUCGUCCGCAUUCCCGAGGACGUGCCGGCUCUGCGCACCAAGAUGCAAGCCGAGGAGAUUCAGAAGCACGGCGCCGCUCCAGCUUAAACUAGUCUUAUGACCGCGAUCUCAAGGACUUUCGGGACAACCUUGUGUAGUUGAACAUAAGAGCAUGUACAGAGCGGACGAGCCGCAUACAGUUGUCGUUGUGUGCGUGCGUGAUGACACGACUCGCUAGUCGUUCGCGUGUACACAGACAUGGAAAUGCGCAAUAGCCCAAUAGGAGCGUCCUUCUACAAGUGUGUGUGGGUUCAAGAACACGACAGGCGUAUUCAAUACAAAUCGCCUGGUAAGUCCGAUCUCAUUCCUUACUUAUAUCUGUGAGUUCGACGAUAUCAUCGGUCCGGAGAUGACGUAAUUCAAUUUCACCUAAUCUUAAAUUCGACUACACAAGGACGAAUAAUUGAUAUUCUAAAUCCACGCACAAUUUUAACACUGAAAAAGGUGUUUUAUGUGUCAUAAAUUUAUAAAUAAUUGUACCGUUGUAGGAACUCGAACUGCUCGGUUUGAAAUACUCAAAAAUAUUUUAAAUAUUUUUAUGAGUUAGUUUAAUUUUAAUUUGUGACUCUUUUGGGUGCGUUGCGACGCGUUCAUGUAUGUUAGAUUUUACGCUAUAUUUCUAUAUUUAGGAGUUGUGUUUUAAGAACUUAAAAAAUUUAAGCGAACCGUAUGAGUGGGACUAUGUUACGAAAUAUAAAACUCUGUUACUAUUGUUGUCUUCCAUAAAGCUUAGUGCUUAGAUUGUAUUUAAGCUUGUAUUCAAUUGUAUUUUAUAAUUGUAAUCAAUAUUUCUAAGAGUCCAGUAACCUGUGAAAGUUUAACAAGCAAAAAUGUUGCCAAAAUUUAAUUACAAUUUUAUCUAGGAAUGAGAUGUAGUGAUAUAUUAUUGAAUUCAUGUGUUCGUAAAUGGAUCAGAUAUAGUACAGUAUAUAAAUGCCUGUUUGUGUGUGUGUCCUGCUAUUUAAUCUCGUUAUCCUUAAAGGAAUUAGGUAUAGUUUUAAUUGGUGUUUUGGUAGUUUAAAUGUUUAAAUUACAAAUAUUAUAAACGCAACAGGACGCGUGUUUUUCGAAUCUGUAUGGUGUUUUAGGAAAUGUAUUUUAAGAUAAUAUGUAUUGCCUAUACUUGAAACUAUUUAAUCACAAAUUAUUUACAUGAAUGCAAGAGUUUAAAUGACACUAAUAUUAUUUACAAAUUGUUUUAUAUAAUCUUGAAUGAAUACAAAUAUUUAAAUAGGUAAGUCGAGAUGUAAAUUAUAACAUGAUUGUUAUUUUAGUUUUAUUAAUAUUUUUUAUACCUAUUUACUCGUAUUUGGUUAAUCAGCUUUAAUUCUUUUAUUAGAUUAUGUUAAUACUAGUCGACUAAAUAAUCGCUUUUUAUUUUACAUAUUUGUUAAAAUGCAUUUUUUUACGUAAUUAUAUUUUUCUUAAGGGUAUUUAUAGUAACACUUCGUGUUCCGCCAGAGACCAAAAUUCUAUAAAUUAUAUUUCAGAUGGGAUCUACUGUAGAUUUUCUACAAAAAUAGUACAAUUACAAUAUACGCAUAGUCGAGUAAAUAAAGAAAUACAGGGCGUUUAACAGAGGAACAAAAUCGGCCAAAUAUUAUGACAACGAAACCAUAUAAAAAAUAAAUGUUUAUAACCACCGGGAAAUUGUCACCAGUCCAAUAAAUACUCUUGUAAACUCAAACUAAAAGAACUUAAAUCGUGUUCAAAUUAUAAUUAACUUUUCACUUAUUAUACUAUCGUCAAUUUAUAAAUAGGUAAUAAUAUAAAACAUAGUGAACAUUCGUAGUUGUUUAUUAGAAAUAUAAAGUAUAAAUGUAUUGCGGUAGUAAAUUAUUAUAAAAAUAUAUACAUAAAUUUGCUUAAUUCAAUCCAUUUAUUAUGUUUAGUGCCAAUUUAGAGCAAUGUAUGAAAUUAUAAUUAUAACUUCAAAGUAUGAAUGUGAUUCAUUUUAAAAUUGACAAUUCACUGAAAUUGAAACCAAAAAUAUGUAGUUUUUGAACUGUAAAUUCUGAAAAUAUUUUAUGACUAAUUGUGAUCUUUUCACAAGAAAUAAUGACAAUAUACUUACAUCAGCCUAGCGAACAAUAUGGUUUAAGGUGAUUGUGCUUCCAUGUAUUUUAAAUACUAAAAUAUAGAUACUUUAGAUUUAAAUUUAGUUGCAUACUUUUGUGUACUUUAUUUUAAUCUAAGUAAAUAAAUUACGCUACAAUUGUGAAAGAUUAUGACAAAUUAUGUCAAUUAAAAUUAUGUGAAAAUUAUGAACUGUCAAAUUAUGGUCUAAAUUUUGUUGUACCUACAUCCAAAAACUGUCACAUAUCAAAUGUUGUGUUUUAAGUUUUAAGUGGCAUACCAGAAAUAGUGAACGUAAUUUAUAUAUUUCAUUAAAUAGUUAAUAAACCA